GUCCUCGUCAUCCUGCUCGUCAUCUGCACGUCGACAUACGCGCACUCGGUGUUCCCCGGCAUCAUCGACCGCAACAAGGACAACUGGAUUGUGUCGCCGCUGUGGAAAGCGGCGCGCGUGGGCGAGCGACUGAGUCCGUAUGUGAGUAUUGCGUGUGUGGUUAUGGCGGCACUCGAGUUUAUGGGGUAA